ACGAAUCGUGAGCAAAGAAGUGGGGAUAGAGUGGGGGAGAGGUUCACGUCUUUGAGAAAUAUCGGUGGGGAUUAGUCUAGGUCGAAAGUCUUCACAAGUUGGCUGGCUCGACUCACUACAGUUUUCGCUAUGGCGUGUAUAGGGUCGAGUCGGCUUUGUGCUCGUGCGGAAAAACUGUGCCAGUUCGGACAUUUUUCUGAAAUACGAAAGAAACUUUCAACAACAUUUACCAAGUCACGAGUGGAGAUCGAACGAGCCAUAAGCCCGACGGAGAAACAAUGUCAGAACAGAAAAACAACGGAAUCAUGCAGGAUAGGCAUCGCGAGAGCGAUGAGUUCAAUACAAACUAUUCAGCCCGGAUCCUUGCCCGAUUACCAAGUCGACCCUUACCGUCUCGUAGAAGACGACCUUAAGCUCGUGUAUGAUGAGAUACGAUUGGAACUCAAAGCAAAAACGACGCAAGAAGAAUUAAGAAAGAUAGUAACAUAUUAUUUUGAUGGAAAAGGAAAAGCGAUACGACCGUUGCUCGUAAUCCUUAUGUCACGAGCUAUUAAUUAUCAUAAGGACGAAAUGAACAUCUUGACAAUACCGCAGAAAAAUCUUGCCAUGUAUUCCGAGAUGAUCCAUAAUGCUUCCCUGAUUCAUGACGAUGUGAUCGAUCAAGCCGAUUAUCGUCGAGGAAAACUAUCGGUAAACAAAGUUUGGAAUCCAAAAAAGGUAUCAUUCGCUGGUAAUUACAUUCUCGCGAUUGCCAAUAUAAUGAUGUCGCGUUUAAAUAACAAUGAAGUUACCAUUACGUUAGCUGAGAUAAUAUCGGACUUGGUGCAAGGUGAGUUCAUGCAACUUGGCUCGAAGGAGACGGAGAACGAAAGAUUUGCUCACUACCUCAAUAAAUCAUAUCGAAAAACGGGAAGUCUGAUCGCUAAUACGCUCAAAGCGACGGCGAUAGUAACUGAGGCGAACGAUCAGAUAAUAGAAUUAGCUUAUCAAUAUGGUCGAAAUAUUGGGCUUGCUUUUCAAUUGGUCGACGAUUUUCUAGAUUUUGUUUCGUCGUCGACGAUGAUGGGUAAGCCAACAGCGAUCGAUUUGAAGCUAGGCUUGGCUACUGCACCUGUUCUCUUCGCUUGCGAAAAGUAUCCAGAAUUAAAUGCGAUGAUCAUGCGUCGAUUCCAAGAACCAAAUGACGUCGAGAGAGCGUACAAAUUGGUUCACAAGUCACACGGUCUUGAUCAGACCAAAUUUUUAGCUAAGAAGCAUUGUGCCGAGGCUGUCAGAUUGGUACAAUCGCUUGCCGAAAGCCCUUAUCAAAAAGCUUUGAUAUUUAUUUCUGAUUUCGUUAUCAAUCGUAUUAAGUAGCAUCAUUUGAUUAAGUAGCAACGAGGAAUUGACGAUAGUUUAAAAAAAAAAAAUAAAAUCCGUGCAGGUUGGUACUAGUUGAUUAAUGAAAGAAAAAAAAGAAAAGAGUGAGAGAGAAAGUAAAAAAAAAAAAAAAUGUAAUAAUAAUAGAUACGAAUCCAAGGAUGUAUUUUUUAUCUACUCGAUUGAAGUAUAACUUUAAGAAAUGUUUCACAUCACUGAUGCGUGAUAGAAGAUAAUGUUGUUGCACAAUGUAUUAUAUAUAUAUACGAAUUUGUUACAAUACGCGUAUAUAAUAGAAUUUUAUUACAUUCGUUAACAUUGAAAAUAUGAUUACGUAUGACACUCAUACAUUGAUGCCUGAUUCGUUAAUAUCGAAGAGCUUAUCUCAAAAUGUAUUAUAAAGUUUUUCUUUUUUUUUUUUUUUUUUUUUUUUUUUUUUUUUUUUGACAUUACUUAUUAUAUCGGAUGGUGAAAGAAAUCAAUAAAGUAUCAAUAAUUUGAUAAUAAACGAAAAGAAAAAGAUAUCUAAAGUUUAAAAAGAAGCAAAAAAAAAAAGAAAAGAAAGUCUAUUCAAAAAUUAAAAACUUUUAUAGAUCAAAUAAGAUAUAUUCUUCUUUUUGAGUAAGCGCAUGAAAAUUAUGCGUCGAUUAUCUUUCAACGUUAAUUCAAAUACACACAUAUAUAUAUAUAUAUAUAUAUAUACUUUUAAAUUAUUUUUAAUUUUUAAUUGAAUAUGAUGCAUCGCAUUUCUGUAUUUCUUUUUUUUUUUUUUUUUUUUUUUUUUUUUUUGAUUUACAUCCAAAGUACAGUAAUUGAAUCAAUCCUAGCUCAGUUUUUAAUGCAAAGGAAAUAGAAAAGCAUGUGCUUAUUAUGUAGCAAUAUUUAAUAAAAUAAAAUAAAGGAUAGACGUAGUAAUAAUGCAUUAGAGACGGUGAACCUUCUUCAGAAUUAAAUUUAUAAUAAUUAUAUCAUGAAUAUUAGGACAAAUAUAUGUGUAUCGAUUGUUCGGUUAAAUUAAAAAAUUUAUGAAAUAAAAGAAAAAAGAAAAAAAAAUAUAUAUAUAUAAUAUAUUUAUAAAACAGAUUGAGAGGAAGGGAUCCGUGUGUGUUAAUACGUGUAGAAAGUACAAUCUGCAAUUUAGCAUAAUACAGCGUGGAGAAUAUCUGCCAAAGAAAGCCUUCUGGUCUCUUAAUUUUUCAAUUUAUUCACCAAUAAGUGUUUUUUUUUUUUUUUUUUUUUUUUUUUUUUUUUUUUUUUUUUCAUAACAAGAAAUACGAGUAUUCUCCGUUAUAUAUUCAAGCUUUAAAUAUGAAAUUUUUCUCAUGAAGUUUCCCAAUGUUGAUAUUGCCUUAUUAUAAGCUAAAUAAUUUUAUUAUUGUCUGACAAAUAAAUAAUAAUAAUAAUAAAAAAAAAAAAAAAGUUUAAAAUGUUGAUCAUUAUAUUAUGAUUGAAAAUAUAGAAUAUAUAUAUAUAUAUAUAAAUAUCUAAUGUAUAAUAACUUAUAUUUAUAAAACAAAUUAAUGUAUAUAAUAAUUAAUAGGAUAAUAAUGACGUAUUGUAAACUGAAUCUUUCGAUGGAUAAUGAAAACAUUGAAUUAAGAUCAAAUCUAGAUUUAUCAUAGGAUAACAUUUAUAAUUGAAGUUAUACAAAAAGAAGAAGAAAAAAAAGAAAAAUAAAAACAUAAAAUUUUUUAUCCUCUAUGACAUUUCAUUUAACAUUAUUGAUUGCACAAUUUGUUAAAUUGAUAAAUUUUAGAUUCUUAAAAAUAUUGUCAAAAGUUAUCGGAUAAGGCUCAGUAUCCUAAUUACUGUAAUUACUGUAUUGCGAAAAACAAAAUCUAUGUUGUACAAUUUUUUUAUUACAAAUAUAUCGAUAUAAUAUAAUAUA